GUCAGUCAAUAACGUACAAGCGAAAGAUAUCGUCAAAACAUGUUGAAAGUCUUCAAAUUCCUGAUAAUAUAUUGGAAAACACUGUUCACCCUAAUAUUUCCAAUAAUCACCCUGCCCAUAUUCCUUUGCCACGACACCAAAGCGAAUCGAUGCAUGUACUGCUUCGCCCUGAUGAGCGCCUUCUGGAUGACCGAAUGCAUCCCGGCGGCCAUAACCUCCAUCCUCCCCAUGAUCAUAUUCCCGCUGUUGGGCGUGCUGAACUCCGACGCGGUGGCCCGCAGCUUCCUCAACGACACCACCAUGAUGCUGAUCGGCAGCGUCGCCAUCGCCAUCGCCAUGGAGGCCACCGGUUUGCACGUCCGCAUCGCCUUGUACGUGAUCAAAUUCAUCGGCUGCAGCUUCUGCAAGCUGCACAUCGGCCUCGGCAUGGUCACCAUGUUCAUAUCCAUGUGGAUCGCCAAUACGGCCGCCACGGCGCUGAUGAUACCCAUUGUGGAAGGGAUACUGGUGGCCCUGCAGAACCAGGGGUUGAUAACGAUGUGGAAACGCGACGAUUCGUUGCCUCCGGAGGAUUGGAAGCCUACUAAUGUCACAAAGUGUUAUUACAUCACUUCUUCUUAUUCAUCGCUUAUUGGUGGUACCGGUUGCAUUAUCGGUUCCGGCUCGCAUCUCGCUUAUAAAGGACUGUACGAGACCCUUUUUCCUGAUAGCCCCGGUGUGGAGUUUUCCAAAUGGAUGCUAUUCAACGUACCUCUGAUGCUAAUCAGCAACAUUUUCAUAUUACUCUGGUUGCAAAUACUUUAUUUAGGCUUAUUCCGGCCCUACUCCCAAACCGCCAAAGACCUGAGCACCGGUAAAGAAGCGGCCGCCGCCGCGAAGGUGGUGAUCGACCAAAAAAUCGUGGAAUUAGGGCCGUUAAAAUUCGCCGAAAUCGCCGUCGCCGUUGUAUUCGUCCUGUCGAUCGUGUUCUGGUUCCUGCGCCGGCCGGGCUUCAUGAAGGGCUGGCCCGACUACGUCAGCGACGUGAAAUGCGGCGACGCCGUCGUCGCCAUAGCCGCCUUCGUGCUCUUCUUCAUCAUCCCCAUGGAGCCGACGUUCGUGCACUACUGCAGCCAGGACGAGGCGAAGCGCCCGACCGAGUCGUCCAAGGGCGUGCUCGAGUGGAAGCCCUUCAGCUCGAAGAUGCACUGGAACAUGCUGCUGGUGCUGGGCGGCGGCUUCGCCAUGUCGGACGCGGCCAAGCAGAGCGGCAUGACCACCGUGGUGGCCAACUACCUGCAGACGUUCCUCACCGACAGCAAUCUGCUGAACCUGAUCAUCGUGUGCUUCACGGGCUCGGUCAUCACGCAGUUCCUCUCGAGCAACGUGGCCUGCGUGACCAUCAUGACGCCGAUUCUGCUGGACAUUUGCAUCUUGCGCCAGACGCACCCGAUGUGGCUGGGGCUGUCGAACGCGCUGGCCUGCUGCUACUCGUACUUCCUGCCGGUGUCGACGCCGCCCAACGCGCUGGUGUCGGGGCCCGCCCGGAUGGGCGGCAAGGAGAUGAUGGUGUCCGGCUGCGGCACCUACCUCGCUUGCAUGGUGCCGCUGUUGGUGAUCUUUCCCCUCUACGCGCCUCUGAUAUGGGAUUUCACUUUCCCCGAAUGGGCCAACGUCGGCAACAACACCCAGCCUGAAUUCUAAUCCUCAUCCUGUUGGAUAAACUGAUUGAGUUCGGGUAUUAGAGUUGUUAUAAAACCAGGUGUAACCUGCAU